UAGGGUUUGAUCAUGCCCUCCUCAUUCGUCUUGAUGAAUUCAACUGACAACCUGCACAGAAAUCAAGACGAUGCCGACGAUUCCUGGAAACCGAGUCCAGCGGCGCUGGCCAGCUCCCCUUUGCCGACUACAAGCAUCCUCCCGAGUUCCGCGAUCGACCCUAGGCCCAACCAGGAUACCUUCAGGCGACCAUCGGUAAACUUCCGUUUCCUGGAAGGCGCCCUGAGGAAGUCAUCAUAUCGGAAUGAGCAGAGAAGAAUGUCGGCAUCAGGCGUUUGCAUGCAUGCGCACGGUGGCUUCGAGCUGCUGUUGUAGCCACCAAGAUGCAGUAUGCAUGUACACGAUAGCUCUGAGGCAUCGUUAUAUUUGUUCGGGUGCGCUAUGGCACAGCGUGCGACAUCCCGCUGCUCGUGGAAUCUGGCCAUGGUCAUGCGAAACCUCUUUGAACGAGACGGCUUACAGCCUUGUAGCCUUCAGAGGUGCAGUGGAGAGUGACAUUGACUACGGUUUUCGCAUUGUAGUCGCCAGUUCUGCCUAUGUUCCGCGAUAUCGAUGGGUGGGGUUCGAAUGCGCUGUACUCCGCGUUCGUGCAUACCUAAGCCCUGCUGUGCAACAGGAGGAGGUACCGUCCCAUGUUCGGGGCCGCCGUCGAUAUCUUCUCAGCUCUUUCGAUUCCCUCGCCCGCAGGUCAUGCACACUAUCGCUGACGUCUGCUGAAGUUGACUGGCAAAAAGAUGGAACAGGCUGUUGUUGUGCAAAAAGCAUGCUGUAGGUGGUGCAAACAUGAGCUCGACUCCACCUCAUUCCCUCUUGACACCUCCUAGCAUGGUAAAGGACGAUGUACAAUGCGAAAUCUCAUCUGUUCACCAGGUAUGCCGUUCGCCGUGUGUGCCAGCCGGGGAAGU